AUGGAUAGUGAUAAACAUAAAUCGAUAGAUGGAAGUGAUGAAAGUGAUUCGGAAAUCAUACGUAAAUGUGAAUUAGAACUAAGCCAAAUUGAGGAUCGAAGAAUCACUCGUGAAUCUGAAAUGGAACAUGCAAACGCUGGGUUCACAACUCGAAAGCCUGAAGUGAGAUCGGAGAAGAGAAAAGCAUGUGAAGAAGAUACAAACAGCGAAGAUGGUUAUGUGACAGUUGAAAAAAGAAGACCGCAACGUCUCUUAAGAAGUAUUUCAACAGGACAGGGUCAAAAUACAACAUCGAAAGAAAUCGGAUCUAAAUAUGAGGUUUGUGUUACAUCAUUUAAAGAAUUACCAAAGCAAAUGGCGUUAGCUAAAGUAUUAAGAAGUGAGAAUAUUCUGAAUAUUGAAACAAUCAAAUAUAAGUCCCCUUUUAUUAAAUGA